AUGAGAUGGCUGAGCCAAACUUUAAAGUUCCCCCGGCCCCCCACUCGAGUUCCCGCCGAUCCUCUCCUGACCAUCCAGCUUCCAACCAACCAAACACCGCAAGCUUCUUCACCCCCUCCGCACCCACAACACCCACCAGCCGCCACCCUCCCGCCUAGCCCAGAAAAGAUGGCCUCUUCAACCCAGCAUUCCGUCCAGCCCUCGGUCGACGACGACGACCUCAAGCCGUCUCAGACCGCCGGCUACAACCCCGGAGUGGCCAAGACUUUGGAGGAAUACGCUAACCUGGAUGCGCAAGAUGAAUCCUUGAGGAAGUGGAAGGAAUCCCUGGGGAUCGUCCCCGGUGGUGCGACUGGAAAACCAACUCUGUCGAUCUGUUCGUUGUCGCUACACUCUCCCGAGCUCACCAAGCCGAUCGUGAUGGACUUGACGGACCCAGAGUUGUUACAGAAGUACAAGAAGGAGCCGCUCACGAUCAAGGAAGGCGCCGAGUACUCGGUCGAGAUCGCCUUCAAGGUCGAAGGCGGCGUGAUCAGCGGCGUCAAAUACUUGCAGAUCGUCAAACGAGCCGGAGUCAAAUUAGAUAAACUCGAAUCUAUGAUUGGCUCCUAUGGCCCUUCGACCGACUUACACGUCAAACGAUUCGUCAGUGAAGAAGCGCCCAGCGGGAUGCUGGCCCGAUCGGGCUCGUACACCGCGCGAAGUCGAGUGAUCGACGACGAUGGCCACGUCUGGGCUGAUUUUGAAUGGUCGUUCAAAAUCGGAAAGGAGUGGUAA